AUGGCAAUGCUUUAUUACAAGAUACGUAGUCGUUUCCACCGGGACACCAACGGAGAUACCAACCAUGACAUCGAAAGCAAAUUAUCUAGCCAGCCAUCGCAGAGGCGGCCGGACGAAACUUCAGGGUCGAUCACAAUCCGGUACGAGAAUGACAAACAGACUGAAACCGACUGCGCUAUUUGCUUGGAAGAGUUCAAAGAUGGCGAUUCUUGCAGGGUUCUUUCGAAGUGUAAUCAUGUAUUCCAUGGAUGCUACAUAGAUCAAUGGUUGCUGCAGCAUGGAACUUGCCCUCUUUGUCGUGGUGAAGGCCACGGAUUUAGACCAACACCAGAUUCAACCAACGAUCACGAUUGA